GAUCAUGGUUAUGGAAAUUUACAUAUCUUCAGCACAACUCCGAAAAUUAAUGAUAUUAUAAAUCCAUCUGAAAUUAAAUUCCUUAUAAUUAAAUUUUAUGAUAAAGUUGAUUUAUCACCUAAUCGUAAUGUUACAAUUCUACAAGAUGAUGGUUCUGAACAUGGUAUUAUACGUCAAGUUACUUCUGCAAGCGGAGAUUUUGUAAGAUUUAUUGAUGAUUAUACUAUUGGAAUCUCAGUGAUUGAUAGUACUUUUAAUCAGCCUAAUACAAUGUAUUAUAUUUUAAUUGAUGACGGUUUUGUAAAGAGUAAAGUACUUCAAGAGCCUAUCAUUGGCAUACAAAUUACUGCUUGGAAUUUUAUGACAAUUAGUAAUUCAGGAAGCAUUAAAGAUGUGUAUGAAAAAAAAGUUUACUCAUCUAGCAUUGAUGGAAAAGUUCGAUUGACAGAGAUGGGAACCAGUUACUUCAAAAGCUUUAAACAUGACAAAAUUAAAGUUAGAGAAUUUUUUGAUAAUUUAACACAAGAAUUGGCCAAAGCAAUCCCUGUUGGUCCAGAACGAAUAACUAACAAUGGAGAAUAUAAAAUUGAUACUUCAGUUUUACCUGAACGAUAUAUUUUAUAUAUUAAUAUUAAAAAAGCUAAGAAGAAAACUGAUAUGCCAGUUAAUCUUGUUGAUGAUUUAGAUACUUUAAUAAAGUAUAAAAUUAUUACUGUUAUUGGCUCUGGGAAAUAUUCAAUAUAUUUGGAUGAUAAAUAUGGAUAUGUAACAUAUAUAACUAUACAAAGGUGGAUAGAUGAAAAUUUGGGUAGCCUUCUUGGAACAAUUGCAUUAAAUGCCUUAUUGUUGUUAAUUUCUUAUUUGAAAAAUGUUUGCAAUUUACACAUGUGGAAAUGCUAUUGAAAAGUUUGUGGCAGUAAUCUUCUUUAUUAUUGUAGAUGCACCAAUUGUUGAAAAUAUUUUUAUUAUAAGGUAAAAAAAAACUAAAUUAA